AUGGGCCAGCCUGUGGGCUGGACAGUGGCGGGCACCGCUGCCAGGACCCGGGAUUCAGGGCGCACUUCUACCAAGACCUGGCUUGGGGUCCUCCGGUUAUCGGGACUCUUGUUCGUGAAGUUCAGGAGCGCGCCGAUGCCAGGAUCCUUAACAUGGAAUACACCGCUGCCGGGCCCCCGCUGGAGGAGAGCGCACCGGGGUCAGGACCGUGACGGAGGACCUGGGCUUGGAGCGCGCGGCUGCCAGGACCUGGGCUUGGAGCGCACGGCUCCGCCCGCGCCCUCGCCGGCCCCGCCGCCCGCAGCCCUGGCGCUCCCCGCCGGCCCCGCCGAGGCCGCCUGCGCCCUGUGCCAGCGCGCGCCCCGGGAGCCCGUGCGCGCCGACUGCGGCCACCGCUUCUGCCGGGCGUGCGUGGUGCGCUUCUGGGCAGAGGAGGACGGACCCUUCCCGUGCCCCGAGUGCGCCGACGACUGCUGGCAGCGCGCAGUGGAGCCCAGCCGCCCGCCGCUCAGCCGCCGCCUGCUGGCGCUGGAGGAAGCGGCCGCGGCGCCAGCGCGCGACGGCCCGGCCAGCGAGGCCGCGCUGCAACUGCUGUGCCGCGCCGACGGGGACCCGCUGUGCGCCGCCUGCCGCAUGGCCGCCGGCCCCGAGCCACCCGAGUGGGAGCCGCGCUGGAGGAAGGCCCUGCGCGGCAAGGAGAACAAGGGGUCCGUGGAAAUCAUGAGGAAGGACUUGAAUGAUGCCCGGGAUCUGCAUGGCCAGGCAGAGUCGGCGGCUGCUGUGUGGAAGGGGCAUGUCAUGGACCGCAGGAAGAAGGCCCUGACCGACUACAAGAAGCUGCGGGCCUUCUUUGCUGAGGAGGAGCAGCACUUCCUGCAGGAGGCGGGGAAGGACGAGGGAGCCCUGGAGGACGAGCAGGCUGACCCGGCUGAGCGGUUCCGGUCCCUGCUGCAGGCCGUGUCGGAGCUGGAGAAGAAGCACCGGAACCUGGGGCUCAGCAUGCUGCUGCAGUGAUGGCGCUGGCCCGGCGUUGGGUCCCCAGAGUGAGAGCAGAGGGCUCCACCUUCCACAGCUGACCUGCAGCAGCCCCGCCGGCCCCCUCUCCUGGCAUCACCCUCAAUCCUGGACGGACCCUCACCUCCACGGGCACCGACUGCAUUGUGGGUGCCCAUGCCUUUGGUGUGCACCUGGUUCCAAGUCUCACCCAAGUGUCAUUUCCAUGUUCCCUGAGGCGGGAGUGCAUUCAGGGACGCGUCAGUCCCUAGCAGAGGCUGGUCCUGGAAAACUCCCCAAUGUGUCCCAUGGCCCCUGUUCUCCAGCUGGCUGUGUCUGGGGCCUGGUGUGCAGGCCUCUGGCAUCAAGGGCGCCAGCACCAUCCCAUGCUUGGGGGGGCUGGUCUGUGAACCUCCUUGCCUUCCGGAGGCUGGAUGCCCCUGGGCAGGGCCCUGGGCACACCAGGAAGGUCACACUGGGGUUACCAUCAAGGGUGCAACUCUUGGGAAGAGAAAGUAAGUGGUGUGCUCUCCACCCUUCCUAGGUCCUCCCUCCUCCCUUGGGGUCCUGCAGCUCUGUCCUCUGCCCCCUCCCCAUCUCUUUCCUUCCCUUCUGGCCUGAGGCCCUUAGUGCUGACAGAGCCCGAACCUUCCUGACCCCUCACCCCUGCAAGGUCCUCUCCCUGGUGCAGGGGCUUCUCUGCUAGCCCGCCUUGCUCAUCCUGGCUUCUUGCUUCCUGUCUCUUCCGGUAGGUGGAUUCAUAAAACCUGUGGCGUAGCAGUAGUGUGGUUUCCCGUGGCAUUGUGUGUAGACUAGUCCCUGUGACAAAAACCCAGACCAGGCGAGUGGGAACGAGGUCAGGGUGUGCAGGUGCGGAGCGACGAGAUCCGCCCCAGUGCGUGAGUCGGGUAGCAGGCUGCGGUGCUCGGGGCCUGUUGGGGAUGAAGUCCCUGGCCUUGGGUGCGGUACAGCCUGGCCUGCCUGUGUGGUCCAGGCUCUGGGUGCCGAAUAAAGUGGAUUUGCUCCA